CGGAACUUAAACUCUGACGGCUACAAAACAGCAGCUCCUCCGUCACCUUUCAAACUCCAGAGCAGCGAUCAUGACAAGUCAGACCUGAACACGGCUUCAACUAUGCUCUCUGUCCACUUACUAAAGUUUUAGAAUCGAAGAGUUAUGGAAAACUCUGGCAGGCCGUACCGGGCUAGGCAAGGCUGGGAGAGAGGAGCAACUGUGGACAAGGCAGAAAGCUGGAGGAUCCCAGACCACGGACGAGGACAGAACUUCAGAUCAGAUGGAGGUCAGCAGGGCAGGAACCCAGGCGGGCCAUACCGGGCCAGCCCCAAGAGGGGUGGGCAGGGGCCCAUGAGCUACUCCCCUGGUGGAUUCAGGGGAGGUCACAGCCCUUUGCAAAACGAUGAACUGCGGUGGUAUGCUGGUCCUGGGAGCAGUGGUGGAAAUCGAGAGGAUAGCUGGAGAGAACGCUCCCAGCAGCAGCAGCAGCAGCAGCAGCAGCCGCCGCACUGGAGGAGGAGUACCCAGGGAGAAGGUCCAAAGGAGGACAGGGAGCAAGGGAGGAGAGAGGACAGUGAUGGUGGUCCUAAUAAAUCAGGGAAAAGACGAAGAAACAGAAACAACAACAAGAAGAAGCCUUUUGCUGAAGAGAACCAGGGCCAUGAAGAGUCCACACUCUCAGCCACUGAGCUGCGCAGCCUCCAGCAGACAGAGAGGCGGCUUAACAAGGAAGAGAUAUACCCCCUGAAGAAGAGACCCCAAAGCAACCCUGCGGCAGUGUACACCUGUGCUCUGUGCGACGUUCUCCUGGAAUCUGUGUCUGAUGCUUACAGGCAUAUCAGAGACAAACGGCACAAGAGGAGGGCCAGGGAGAGGCAGGAGCAAGUGAUGCUGACAGAGAUUCUGCCUCCUGGUCCGGAGCUGAUCAUAGCAGUGAGCGCUGCGCUCGAAGCGGUCGUCCAAGAACACGGGAUGAGUGAUCAAGAUGUCGAGAAGAGACAAAGUGUUGUCUCCGUCAUGCAAGACCUUCUUCUGUCCGUCCUGCCCGAGAUCAGGCUCAGGCUUUAUGGAUCAUCUUGCACUAAGUUUGGAUUUAAGGAUUCCGAUGUCAACAUUGACAUUCAGUAUCCCCCUCAUAUGCAUCAGCCAGACGUCUUGUUGUUGGUCAAAGAGUCUCUCUCUGCGUGCCCUUUGUUUGUGGAUCUGGAAGCUGAUUUUCAUGCCAGGGUACCAGUGGUCAUCUGCAAAGAGGAGAAAAGCGGUCUAAUCUGCAAAGUCAGUGCUGGGAAUGAAAACGCCUUCCAAACCACCUCCUAUCUUACUGCUCUGUCCAGCCAGGAGCAUCUCCUCCUCCCACUGGUUUUGGCAUUCAGACACUGGGCUCGGAUCUGUGAGGUUGACCGUGCAGAGGAAGGCGGGCUGCCUCCGUACGUCUUUGCCCUCAUGGUGAUCUUCUUUUUACAGCAGCGCAAAGAGGCCCUCUUGCCCCCAUAUCUGACACAAGAGGUGAAGGUGUUUUCACUCAGCAGGCUGUCAGACUUCAAUCUCACUCAUGUGGAGGACGGAUCUGUACACUGGACAUAUGCUCCCUCCUCCAAAGAAUCCUCACAGCCAGCAGAGGGCUCCGCUAUAAAGGGAAAGGUUCGGCUUACGUUUCUGAGUCCCCGUCCACCUGUAGAAGUCGGACUCCUCUGGGUCGAAAUGCUUCGCUUUUACGCUCUGGAGUUCAACAUAGCUGACAAUGUGAUCAGUGUGCGAACGAGUACUGUCCUCUCCAGAGAGUUGAAAGACUGGCCAAAGAAACGCAUCGCUGUCGAGGAUCCCUUUGCUGUGAAGAGAAAUGUGGCCCGCACAGUGAACAGUCAGCAAAUGUUCGAGUACAUCAUCCACUGCCUCAAAACCACAUACAAGUAUUUUGCACUGCCGCUCAACACGCCAGCUGAUGGCCAAAAGACCCGGGCCCAGCAUGGAGCCGUUAAAGGGGCAAAUGCUCAGGCUUCAAAUGAAGAAGUCCUUUCAGAUUUCAGUCAACUCAGUAUUCAGUCCAAACCUAAAGCUGUAGAAAAUGGUCCUGAAGACUCUGAUUGCAUUAUUGAGGAAGAGGAGGAGGUUGAAGAAUACAGUGACUCAGAUGAAGAGAGAGAGAAGGAAAAAGUGGACCUGGGCAAAAGCAGUCUCUCUGAGGAUGAGGACGAGGAGGAUGAGAACGCUGAUGUGGACAUGCAUAACAGACAACACUUGGACAGCUUCACCACAGAGGACGAGGACAUCUUCCCCGUGGAUGAGAUCUCGGGGGAGGAGCUUUUGUCGGAUGAGGAGGGGCCAGAUUUGGACACACCUGGUUCAAUGGAUGAGGAAGAGGAGGAAGAGGAGGAAAAUGUUUUGCCUGCAACUUCAGAGAGUGCAAGUAAAGAUGAGAGUGCAGAAAAUAAGAACCAAAAACAGAAGAAAAAAACUUAUGCAUUCACAAGACAAGUGUUCACCAAAGGAAAGUCCCACAUGGUCGUGUGCAGCUUGUGCAAGCGUGACGGACAUCUGAAGAAAGACUGCCCGGAAGACUUCAAGAAAGUGCAGCUGGAUCCUUUACCGCCCAUCACCCCAGAGUUUCUCAAUGUCCUCAACAGAGUCUGUGAGCAGUGCUACACUGACUUCGCCCCAGAUGAACUUGAGGUGGGGGUAAGAGAGCACAUCCUUCAAGACCUGGAAACCUUCGUUAGGAGACAGUUUAAUGGGGCCCGGCUUCAACUCUUUGGAUCAUCCAAAAAUGGCUUUGGCUUCAGACAGAGUGACCUGGACAUCUGUAUGGUGCUGGAGGGGCAGGAGACCAUCGAUGAUGUCGACUGUAUCAACAUCAUUGAAGGCUUGGCGAGACUGUUAAAGAAACACCCAGGCCUGAAAAACAUCCUGCCAAUCACAACAGCCAAGGUACCCAUCGUGAAGUUUUACCAUGUUCGCACCGGUCUGGAGGGAGACAUCAGCCUCUACAACACUCUGGCUCUGCACAACACACACCUGCUGGCUUCUUAUGCUGCUAUCGACUGGAGAGUGAAGAUCCUCUGUUAUGUUAUGAAGGUUUUUGCCAAGAUGUGUGAUAUUGGCGAUGCUUCACGUGGCAGCCUCUCAUCCUACGCGUACACCCUCAUGGUGCUGUUCUUCCUCCAGCAGAGAAACCCACCGGUCAUCCCCGUGCUGCAAGAGAUUUAUGACGGAAAGGAGAAGCCUGAGACUGAAGUUGACAGCUGGAACGUGUACUUCUUUGAUGAUUUAAAAACACUGCCCAGCCGCUGGCCCGAGUUCAGGACAAACUCAGAGACUGUGGGGGAGCUGUGGCUUGGCCUGCUCCGCUUCUACACAGAGGACUUUGAUUUCAGGGAGCAUGUUAUUUGCAUCCGACAGCACAGCCGCCUCACCACCUUCAACAAGCAGUGGACGUCCAAAUACAUCGUCAUUGAAGAUCCCUUUGACUUGAACCAUAAUCUCGGUGCUGGUCUGUCCAGGAAAAUGACAAACUUCAUCAUGAAGGCUUUUAUCAACGGCCGGACAGUGUUUGGGACACCAGUCAGAGCCUUCCCUCCUGUGUACCCCAGUCCGAUGGAGUAUUUCUUUGAUCCUGAAGUCCUAACUGAGGGAGAAGUGGCUCCGAAUGACCGCUGCUGCCGCAUCUGUGGCAAGAUCGGCCACUUCAUGAAGGACUGCCCCAUGCGCAAGAAAUCCAAGUAUAGAAGGGACUCUGAGAAAAGACCUGAACACCUGCGGGACAGAGUGGACGGAGAGGACGGCAUGGAUCAGGUCCGACACAAGAGUGAUCACUGGAGGAAAAGAGAUGCACCGGAGUUGCGCUGCUGCUACCUGUGUGGAUCAAGUGCCCACAUUAAGAAGGACUGUCAGCUGUACAGAAGCCCUGCAGGUAACAUGAGGAUGGAGAACUAUUCCUCACCAUCCUCAGCCCACUUGAGGAAUUUGAGAGAAAAAGAGAGACAGGGUUCACCCAUACAAGAAGAGAAGAAGAAAAGAAAGCAACAAAAUGUGAUCCUAAGUCCACAAGCAGGAAGUUUAGCCUGCCGAAAUUUGGGUCGCUCUGGUCACAGGAAAAGCCCGGUGGAAUGAGCAGGAGCUGUGACUACACAGACCUCGAGGUUCCACUCCUGUCCAGGCAGAGAGCAACCAAAAGUCCAGAGAUCCUUAAAUCUGAACGUGACAGUCGGGCCGAUGUGAGCCCGUUAAAAAGCCAAAGCCAGGACGCCUUGACUUGAAGCCAAAUAGGGCCUUUUUAUGUGUUUUUCCUUUUCUCCCCCUAACGCCCUCCUCCUCAGAGGAGCUUUUUAAAUCUUUCAUUUUAACAAGAUGAGCCAUUGUGCAUGCCCCUCAUGUCUGUGUUUACCUACACUGCCAGUCAGGUUUUUUUUAAUCAUUACUUUUCACAGUGUUUUGCCGAUUCAGUGUGAGAAACUUUAAAUAGGAAAAGAAGCAGAGAAGUGUGUAAUAGGUGACAGAAACUUGGAUCUUAUCAUCAUGAGGUUUUUUGCAGAUGACAUAACACAUUUUGGUCUUAUACUUGAUUCUUAAAACUUUUUGUUCGACUCAUUAGCACACCAACAAUUCAGACAUUGUUUGUAAACACUUCAACUGUUCUGAUGAAUAGAUGUUGCAAUAUACAUGGUAUGCUGUCUGCUAUUUUUAGUAGUUCAAAGUCCAUUCAAUUUAUACAUUUGUCAUCCAUUUUAAACGUGCAGAAAGUCACUCUUCAGUUCACUUAUUUCUCUUAAAGUUAAAUGGUUUUAGGGCAAAAUUGUGUUUCUUGAGAUUUUACUUAAUGUAAGAUAUUUCUUAUGUAAUCAUUGGAAGUUUUGAAUGGCAGUGUACUUUUCAGAAUACCUUGAGUCACUUUUCUUUAAAAUCCUCUUCAAUUGGUCCUCUGCUCUGACGUCCAUCAGUCCAUCUCUCCUUCAGCCUACAAAGCAGCUCUUCUUACAGUAUAUCUCUGAUUGUGUGUCUUUGUGUUGGGAAGUCUCCCUGUAGAUAUUUUUCCAGGAUUGUAGUUUUAUUUUUUGGGACUGCUGAUCAACUGCUUAAUUCAUGGACACUUACUGCCCUCUUAUUGCCUUUUUAAAGGGUGACGGACAGAACAGUAAGGCUGCAAUUUGUUUGUCCUAACCUGUUUCAGUCUCCACACAAUGCUAGGAAGUGUCAGAACUAUUGUGCACAUAGAAUCAAGAGAGUUUGGCGAGAGGUGUCGUUCACACUCGGACAGAACAUUUCUCAGAAACCUAUAAACUGGUCCAGCUGAUUGAGUACACUGCAAACACUGUUCAUCUUCUCUUAAACUAGAGGUUAUCUCAGUAAGUUUGUUGGAGAGGUAAAUGUAUUUAUUUGCCACAAAGGCUUCAUUUUGUUGUAAUGGCGCCACAGAAUGGUAGCUGCACUGUGAGGGUCCAUGCCCUCGAGUUAUGUUGCUGCUAGUUUGUCUCAAAGACCUGCUUAUCAUUUAACUUUGAAUAUGUACUGUCUGGCUUUAUUGUUGUCCUGAUAUGGCUGACUUUUAUUAAAAAAGAAAAAAAGUCUUGUUGAUGGUAUUAUAAUCAAACUUCUCAUUUUAAUGUAGCUUUGUUUUUAUGCCAGCCUUUUUGCAUUUCUUUUGUUUGACUCAAAUUGAAGGUUUAGUUUGUUAUAAAGGAACCCCGGCCCUCUCUGGAAAGGUCGGCUUGCAAUCCAUUUUGUGACGCAAAAAAACUCAUUAAACCGAAUUCAAACCCCA